UGAACAAGCACAAGUACUUUGUGAAAGUUUAUACAGACUUGUAAAAGAGUCAUCAAUAUUAGAUUUGGAAUGUUUAUGUAUUGAAGAAAGUAAGGCCGUAUGGGUUUUGUAUGCAGAUCUUGUAUGCAUUAACUACGAUGGAAAUAUUUUUGAUGCGUGUGUAAUAGCCUUUAUCACUGCAUUAAAUAAUUUAAAACUCCGAAAAGCAACUUAUGAAGAUGGAAUGGUUAAAGCUACAGAAGAACGUGAAAUUAUGUUGAAUUUUGAAAGAUUACCUUAUUCUGCAACAUUUAGCAUACGUGUUGAUUUACGAUAUGUUUUUCCAAUACUAUCUCAGUUUGCUUUUGGAGCAGAUACAUUUCGUAGAAUACAACCUCAAGAAUAUUUAAGAAAAUUUGUACAACAAAAUAUUAGACCUGAUGGCAGAUCUUUUAAUGCUUUUCCAGAUGGAUCUUCGAUGAUUCGUAUUGGUAAUACAACAGUAGUUUGUGGUAUAAAAGCUGAAGUAGCAGAACCUAAAUUUGAUACUCCUCGUGAAGGCUAUCUAGUUCCAAAUGUUGAACUUUCACCGGUUUGUUCACCAAAAUUUAAACCUGGACCACCAAGUGAACAAGCACAAGUACUUUGUGAAAGUUUAUACAGACUUGUAAAAGAGUCAUCAAUAUUAGAUUUGGAAUGUUUAUGUAUUGAAGAAAGUAAGGCCGUAUGGGUUUUGUAUGCAGAUCUUGUAUGCAUUAACUACGAUGGAAAUAUUUUUGAUGCGUGUGUAAUAGCCUUUAUCACUGCAUUAAAUAAUUUAAAACUCCGAAAAGCAACUUAUGAAGAUGGAAUGGUUAAAGCUACAGAAGAACGUGAAAUUAUGUUGAAUUUUGAAAGAUUACCUUAUUCUGCAACAUUUACAGAUCCAACUGAAAUAGAGGAAUCUAUAGCUGAUGAAAAAAUUACUAUUAUUUGUGAUGAAAAUGAAGAACGUGAAAUUAUGUUGCAUUUUGAAAGAUUACCUUAUUCUGCAACAUUUACAGAUCCAACUGAAAUAGAGGAAUCUAUAGCUGAUGAAAAAAUUACUAUUAUUUGUGAUGAAAAUGUCAUAAUAAUUUUUAUUGAAUGCUUACUUCUCAUCAAAGUCCUUACAGCCGAUAUAAGAUUGAUUAAAUUUGUUUUAAGUGAUGGACCUUCUCCACCAAAACCAGGUUCAGAAUACUUGGCCAAGAAUAAAGAAAAUUUAAAAUGGGUUGAUAAAUUAAGAUUGGCAAAAGAUAUCGCAGCUGGAUUAAAAAUUCUACACGAUAAUGAUAUAUUUCAUGGAGAAUUGUAUCCUCAACAUAUAUUUAUAAAUGAUUCAAGAGCUCUUCUACAUAAUCCAAAUCUUUUCUCAUUUGAUGAGGAUGACGCUGUAUCCUCAACAACACCAUCAUACAAAAUUUCAGUGCCAGGCAUAAUACCAUACAUAGAUCCACAAACGUUUGCCAAAAGAUCAAGCCCUCGCACUCACAAUCUUCAAAAACCAAGAGAACAACAGCAACAGAUAAAAAAAAAUGAUGAUGAUGAAUACUUGAAUCAUCUUAAAUCAGAUAUUUAUAGUUUGGGUGUGAUUUUAUGGGAGAUAUCUACUAAUAAAAUACCUUUUGAUGACUCAAAAAAUCAAGUAUUAUUAACAGUUUCAAUAAUGAUCAGGAAUAAAAGAGAAUUACCCGCUGAAGGAUUCAUGGAAAUAUUUUCAGGAGUUUCUGAUUUUGAUUUAAUGAGGCGAUAUGAAGAUGAGCUCUUGAAUCAUUUAUAA